AAGAGGAGCACUUAUUGAACAAAAAUGAUCAAAUUAAAUCCCAGAGAAGUAGAAAACUCUAAUUUCAGUGUUUGUUCGUAGCCUAUUCGACUCCAAAAACCUUCAAGCUUCCAAAAUCUCCAAAUUUAAUUCUUAGGGUUUUCUCUGUGAUCCCAAAUCGGUAACCGGAAUUAAAAAUGAGCUCUUCACCAUCGCCGGCGAAUUCCGCCAACGGCGGCGAUACAACCAACGCCGGUAACGGUCAAGAUCUGAACUUACUACACUUCUUGGAUAAGGUUCGUCUCGCCGCUACGCGAGAUGCCAAGGAAGACGAAGGCGAAGAUUCGCCGACGGAGUUGAACACGAUCAAUAGCGCAGGCGGGUUUCUCGUGGUUUCUCCUGAUAAGCUUUCGGUUAAGUACACGAAUAUGAAUCUUCAUGGCCACGACGUUGGCGUUGUUCAAGCGAACAGACCUGCUCCGGUCAAGUGUCUCACUUACUACUUUGAGAUUUUUGUUAAAGAUUCUGGGGUUAAAGGGCAAGUUGCGAUUGGUUUUACUAAGGAGAGCUUCAAAAUGAGGAGACAACCUGGAUGGGAAGUGAACAGCUGUGGCUAUCAUGGGGAUGAUGGAUUUCUGUAUCGUGGCCAGGGAAAAGGUGAACCUUUUGGUCCAAAGUAUACCAAAGAUGAUACAGUUGGCGGCGGUAUAAAUUACGCUACGCAAGAGUUCUUUUUCACUAAAAACGGGGCUAUUGUUGGGAAAAUCCCCAAGGACAUAAAAGGUCAUCUGUUCCCUACUGUAGCUGUACAUAGCCAAAAUGAGGAGGUAUUAGUCAACUUUGGGAAGAAGAAAUUUGCUUUCGAUAUUAAGGGUUAUGAAGUAUCAGAGAGGAAUAAGCAACAAAUGGCUAUCGAAAAAAUAUCCAUACCUCCAAACAUUGGUUAUGGGCUUGUAAAGACCUACCUGUUACACUAUGGUUAUGAGGAGACACUCGAUGCUUUCAACCUUGCUACUAAAACUACAGUUCCGCCUAUUAAUAUAGAUCAAGGAAAUGCUAUUGAUGAGGAUGAUUCGCCAUAUGCUUUGAAACAAAGAAAGAUUCUUAGACAGCUUGUCAGAAAUGGUGAGAUUGAUGCUGCUAUGGUUAAACUCCGGGAGUGGUAUCCCGAAACUGUACAGGACGAUAAAUCGGUGGUUUGUUUCCUCCUGCACUGUCAACAUUUUAUUGAAUUACUACGGGUUGGAAAACUUGAAGAAGGUGUGAAGUAUGGCAGACUUGAGUUAGCUAAAUUUGUUGGGUUAACCGGGUUUCAAGAUAUAAUCGAGGACUGCUUUGCUUUGCUCGUUUAUGAAAAGCCUGAGGAAUCACCGGUUGGGUAUUUCCUAGAAGACUCGCAUAAGGAACUAGUGGCUGAUGCCGUGAAUGCAGCGAUACUAUCAACAAAUCCAAAUAAGAGAGAUGCGCAGAGUCACUUGCAUUCCCAUCUGGAGAAACUGCUAAGACAAUUAACCGUGUGCUGUUUGGAAAGGCGGUCACUGAAUGGAGACCAAGGCGAAACAUUCCGGCUUCACCGCGUACUUGACAACAACAGUACAAGAAGAUGAAAUCGGGUUAGCCGCGCAUAUAUUUUGAAACCUCUGUUUUUGUUUGGCUGCUAUCACCACCAUAAGUGGCUUUUGUUCAUACUUGUGUCAUAUUAUGUUGAACUUCCCCUUCUGUAAUAGAAAAAGUUAAAAAGAAAAAAAAAAGGUUCGACGUUAAGACACUGGGACUUGCAUCUUUAA